GUUUCUCCCUCGCUCUCAGUGAGGUUGUAAAGAUGAGAUGUGAGAUGUGAGAUGUGAGCUCUGUGCUCUGCUUUUUAUGAAACAUGACUCAUGACCUGUCCGCAGCCGGACGCGCUUCUGAUCAUUAGGAAGCCAGUGACACACGGACGGCCUGCACGGAGCUGUAACAUCUGUCAGAGCUGCGUUAGAGCCAGGAAAGGACACGAAGCUGCGACACUAGGACUCAAGGUGAGCUGUCUGUCUCCUUAUCACUGAGGAACUUUAAAUACAAACAAGCUGCGACACUAGGACUCAAGGUCACAAGGUCUGAAAUCUGAAAUCAGCACCACUGAUAACGAAUCAUUUAAAAUGGAGAGUGAGGAUGAUCUGGACAUUUUGACAGCGCUGCUGGCUGAGAGCGAGGGCGUCGGAGAAGAACAGGACGGUCGGGAGCAGGCGGACGACUUGGAUGGCCUGUUUGAUGAUGAUGACGACGAUGAUGAAGGGGAGUACAAAGAUGGCAUUGAGGAGGAGGAAGAGCGAGAUGUGCAGACAGAGGACGUGGCAUCAGAUCUCUUCGGAGACGUGGAUGACAUUGAAAAUGAAGACAAAGACGCUCAAGUGAAAGGAAGCGGAGGGGAAGCCUGUGAGAGCCUGAACAAAUCGAAGGAGGAUUUGCAAGAUGAACUCAGGCGCAUGCAGGAGCAGAUGCAGCGAUUGCAGCAGCAGCUGGAAGCAAGCCAGAAGGCUUCUACCUCAUCUUCAACUCCAGCCAAGACUGCAGGGAGCUUGGCUAGUCCCAAACCAACCACCCCUAAACUCAACACCUCCAAAACGACUCAGGGCAAACCAGCCACUGCCACACAGAAGACAAAGACACAAGCAGCAGCAUCUUCAUCCACUCCUGUCAGAGGAGGAGGUGUGAAGCUCCAGGAGUCCUCUGACUUUUUCGAUCAGCUCAACAAUGCUGACUCCUUCAAGCGCAAACCCAGGGUAGCCCACCAUCCCAAACCCAGCACGUCACCAGAAAACAACAGAGGGCCACUGGUAGAGAUAAAGGUUGGCAGCUCCUUCCAGCCAGCAGAGAGCACCAGCAAGGUCAGCAAUCCUCUGCGUUCACCUCCGUCGUCUCAAAGCAGAGCUGCACCAGCUGCAUCAGCAGCGCAGCCUAAACCUCCUUCUCUCCCUCCCCUUUCUAAAGAUGUGGGCGUUGAGAAAUACUCAGGUUUGCGGCUCAGAAAGCCACGGGUUUCCUCCAGCGACAUGGACCGAAGGAUGGCCGACCGCCGCCUGAUCCGUCUGUCGCAGGUGCCGGAGCGUUUGGCUCGGGAGAAGCUGGAGGAGAGCGACUGGGUGACCUUCGCAGUGCUGGUCCACAAGGCGACGCCACAAAGCAGCAGCAGUGGCAAAACCUUCAGCAUCUGGAAACUGAACGACCUCCAUAACCUGGAGGUGUACGUGUCUCUGCUUCUGUUUGGAGAAGUUCAUAAAGAGCACUGGAAGACGGAGCCGGGCACUGUCAUCGGCCUUCUCAACCCAAACCCGAUGAAGCAGAAAGACGGAUAUGAUGGGGUGAGCCUGACGGUGGAUCAUCCACAGAAGGUGCUGCUGAUGGGUGAAGCUCAGGAUUACGGCACCUGCAAGGCGGCGAAGAAGAACGGAGAGCCCUGCUCUCAGAUCGUCAACAUGUACGAGUGUCAGUACUGCCAGUAUCACGUCAAAGCUCAGUAUAAGAAGAUGAGCUCCAAGAGGGCCGAGCUGCAGUCGUCGUUUUCUGGGAAAGCUCCCAACAAGGUGAAGGGGAAGGGCGGAGGCCUGAGGGAGCGUCUGUGUCAGGACGGCUUCUACUACGGCGGCAUGUCCUCAGCCGCCUGCGCCGCCUCACUAACGGCGUCCAAACCGAACAAACCCACCCAGAAGACUCUGGACAAGCUGUUCGUGAAGGGCUCAGCUCAGCUCGUCGAUCAGGCCAAAAGGCUUGCCGUGCAGUCCGGUGAAGUUUCUGGUUGUUCGAAUGAAUUCAAGGGCCUGUUGUCGAUGCCAACGCCUGGAGCUCUGCAGCUGAAGAAGCACUUAACGCAGAACAGCCAAGCAGUCUCCAAAAAUGCAGCUGCAGCUCCACUUCAGUCCAUCUCCGCCUCGGACCUGCUGAAGCAGCAGAAACAGAAGCAGAAGGAGUUCCUGCAGAACCGCCGGCAGAGGGCAGCGGAGAUCCAGAAGAGAGUACUGCAGAGCUCAGCUGGACCCACACCUGGGUCAUCCUCCUCCUCACUAAGCCGGGUCGGCCUGACGUCCCCAAAAGCAGCUUCUGAGGUCCCCAAGGCCACCCAAAGCCCCUCGGCUCCCCACGUCCCCACCCUGGGCCGAGGCUUCACUGAAGGGGAAGACAUCCUCUUCUUUGAGAACAGCCCACCACCUGCGCCCGCCCCCAGUGGCCUCAGCCUAUCAGCCGCCAAGAUGGCUGCUCUGAAGAAGCUGAGAGCCAAAGGGACGGGACUGGAAAAGGAAGACCCCAACGCUGUGAAGAGGAAGAGGAGUAACGACACGGAGAUAAACGCUCGGGUGGAGAGGAAUCUCACCUCACCUAAGGGUGGGUCCUCCAGCAACGAGGAACAGGAACCGGCCCUGAAGAAGAAGCGAGAUAAACUCCUUUACGUCCAGUCAGAGGAGUUUCAAAAGAUCCUCAACGCCAAAUCCCUUCACGGGGCAGCACUACAGGCGGCGGAGUACCAAGUGCAGGAGCGCUACUUUGAUCCUCUGGUGAAAAAGGAGCAGAUGGAGGAGAAGAUGAAGGGCAUCAGAGAGAUGAAGUGUCGUGCCGUUACCUGUAAAAAGUGUAGUUACACGUACUUCAAGCCGGCGGAUCGUUGUGUGGAGCAGAAUCAUGAUCUGCGGUGGCACGACGCCGUGAAGCGUUUCUUCAAAUGUCCGUGUGGACAGAGAUGCAUCGCUCUGGACAGACUGCCCAACAAACACUGCAGUAACUGCGGUCUGUUUAAAUGGGAGCGUGACGGGAUGCUGAAGGAGAAAUCUGGACCCAAGAUCGGUGGAGAGCUCCUCCUGCCUCGAGGAGAGGAGCACGGCAAGUUCCUCAACAGUGCGAAGUGAUGACACCGAGCUGCUCGCUGAGGGAGCACGUUUAGAUUUUUAAAGUUUAUUGAUUUGUUAUUGAUGAUGUAUACGUGAAUGUCUGUGGAAACAUUGGAAAUGCUGGAGAUAAGGUGAUUAAAGUAAUAAUUUGCAACAUUUCA